AUGGCGAACGCGAUCCGCGCUCUCGCGAUGGACGCGGUGGAGCAGGCGCGUUCCGGCCAUCCCGGCAUGCCCAUGGGCCUUGCCGAUGUCGCGACCGUUCUCUUCGGCCGCUUCCUCAAGUUCGACCCCUCGAGCCCCGACUGGCCCGACCGGGACCGCUUCGUGCUCUCGAACGGGCACGGCUCGAUGCUGCUCUAUGCGCUGCUUUAUCUGACCGGCUAUCCGGAUAUCGAUAUCGACGAGAUCCGCAAUUUCCGCCAGCUCGGCAGCCGCACCGCCGGCCAUCCGGAGUACGGCGUCGCCGCCGGGAUCGAGACCACCACCGGCCCGCUCGGCCAGGGCCUUGCCAACGCGGUCGGCAUGGCGCUGGCGGAGCGCAGCAUGGCUGCCCGCUUCGGCAGCGAGCUUGUGGACCACCACACCUAUGUCGUGUGCGGCGACGGUUGCCUGAUGGAGGGCAUCAGCCAGGAGGCGAUCUCGCUUGCCGGCCAUCUCAGGCUGGACCGCCUGAUCGUGCUCUACGAUUCCAACGAUAUCUCGAUCGAUGGCCCCACCAGCCUCGCUUCUCCGACGACGCUCGCGCGCGUUUCGAAUCCGCCGGUUGGCAUACGCAGCGCGUCGACGGCCACGAUCCCGAGGCCGUCGCGGCGGCCAUCGCUGCAGCCAAGGCCGAGCCCCGGCCCUCGAUGA